AUGGCCGUCGUCGUGGCUGACCCAUACUCGACGGGCGGCAGACUCCCCAUCCUCCUCUCAGAGCGCGGCUUCGACGUCAUUGCCCUCUGGACCGCAGAGGCGAGAGACCUAGAGGACCACGUCGGCGAGGCGACCAGGGUCUGGAUUGAAAAGACCGGGUACAAAGGUGUGGUGCGCGAGGGCACCAUGAGCAUCGAGGAGAUGGCCAAGGCGCUGAAGGCUGCGGCGGGAAAGGAGUCAAUUAAGGCUGUGCUGUGCGGUGGUGAGAGCGGUGUCAACGUGGUCGACGCGCUCGCGGAGCACAUGCACCUUCCCGGCAACGGCGUGGCUCCAUGGACGGGCGGCCGUCGUGACAAGGGUGUGCAGCAGGACGCGCUGAGGGCGACGGGCAUCCGCGCCGUCCGCGGCGUCUCAGGCACGACGUGGAGCGGCGCGGUGGAGGAGUUUUGCAAGACGGAGGAGAUGCCGAUAGUUGUGAAACCUGUCGAGUCGGCCGGUUCCGACGGCGUCAAGCUGUGCGCCACGCUCGAGGAGGCUGAGGAUCACUUUCACCGGCUGAUGAACUCGCAGCGGGCGCUCGGCGCCCACGGGGCGGCUGAGUUCCUGAAGGGCAGCGAGUACGUCGUGGACCACGUGUGGAAGUACGACAAGCGGCCGCGCAACGGGUCGCAGUUUGUCUACUUUGGCAUGUACCCAGUCAACCCGGUCUCCGCCAUCGCGCAGUCGCUCAUCCAGUACACGCGCUGUGCCAUCACAGCGCUCAAGAUCACGAACGGUGCCACCCACACGGAAGUGAUGAUGACGUCCGAGGGACCUUGCCUGGUUGAGGUCAAUUGCCGCGUGCACGGCCUGAGCGGGCAGUGGCUCCCGCUCGCCUCGGCCCUCACCGGCAGCUACAACCAGUGCACGGCCUACGUUGACAGCGCCUUGGAUCCAGAGGCCUGGGAGAAGAUCCCGCCGAUCCCCCCAUACCCCUUUGCCGGGAGCGGCUGCGUGGUGGAGUUUGUGUCCUACUGUGAGGGCACGGUGGCCGCCCGUCCUGGCUACGAGGCCAUCCGCGCCCUUCGCUCCUUCUGCUCGCUCGACGAGGUUGUAAAGGUCGGUGACCGCAUCACCAAGACGAUCGACCUCUUCACGCAGCCGGGCAACUGCAUCCUGAUCCACGCCGACGAAGAGGCGCGCGCAUCGCUGGUCCUUGCGAAAGAUGUCGCCGCAAUCCGCGCGCUGGAGGAGUCGAACGGCAUGUUUGACAUCGAGGGCGGCAACCCGCCGCCGCUCGACAAGCGAGAGCUCUCCGCCAUUCACGAUCGAGGCUCGAAGCGCAUCUCCGAGGGCGACCGCCACCCGGCCAUGCUGAUGGGUGACACGACCGAGAUGGAGGUGCUCAUGGCCCAGGUCAACCACUACAUUGAUGAGCUCGAGCACGCGCAGAAGAAGCACUCAUAUCUGGCGGUGGCUCUCGCCGCGACCGCGUGCGCGGCGGUCGUGGCGGGGCGGUUCGCCAGCACGAGGCGUGGCUGA